CGCAUCACUUUACGCAUUUAUUGAUCGGAAGGUUCUAAAUUUACAGAAUAAAGACAUGAUAUAUCAAGGUACCAAAAAAGACAUAUGCAAGUAAUUUAAGGUACUUUUUUCUGCGUAAAGGUUAAGAAUAAUAUCAUAUAUCCAGUCCACACGAAGGUGAGUUUUAAGUGACACACAGCAAGGUGAACAAGGAAGCUUUUAACAAGAAUAAUUUAGUUAAUUUCAUUGUUGAGUUAACAAGGGCAACACUGAUUGUUACAUAGAGGAAAGCAACAGAUGCAAUUGGGACAGGGCCAUAUAAUGUAUACCCCAAGCUAGUUUGCACAUCCAGUCCCUGGCUAAGUUUUAAAAUUAGGCAUAAGUUGUCUAAACAAGCAGAUUUAGAACAACAACAGAAAAAAAACAAUAAAACACAUUGUGUUUCUGUGUAUGCGUGCGUCUGUGUAUUGCAUUAUUAUGACUAUGUACACAUGCGGAUGACAUGCGGGUACGCAGAAGUAUAAAUGUCUGGCAUGUAAAGCGUACAUGUAUGUGAAAAGAGGAUGAAUUUAUACCAAAGUUAUAGUUUCAUCUGUGGAUUUGGGAGCUAACAAUUCUGAUUGUGUUUUUAACUCAGGCCAUAAUUGCGUGUCAUAGGCAGGGCACGGCAAGCCAAUUUUAUUCUAUUUGUAUAGCAGCAUUUAGAAACAAGGCAAUGCAAAGUGCCUUACAGGGACAUAGAAAUGCAUUAAAAUAAGACCUUGAGCCAUGAAGAAAGCAUUUCACUAAAAUAUUGUGGAAUAUCAGUUGGUAGAAUCAAAAUUGCUUACAGGAUUGGUGUGGAUUAUUGUGUAUCUAAAAUAGUUUAAAGAUGAUGACUGCCAAUAUUUUAGCAAUGCACCAAAUUUUCCAAAGCAGCCAUCAGGCCCCUGUCUGUCUGAGAAGUGCACGCUGUUUUCCCGCAGAUUGUCUUAUCAGGGGUUGGCAUAGCUGCACCCUGGGACAGCUGAUGGGAGGAGUCAACUCAACUGAACUGUACCCUUCAUCUGUUCCACAAAAAAACCUACACAACACCCAAACAGCCAUUCAUAUAGCACUGACAUGGGUACAGACAUGUAAUGCACUGUGUGGUUUAGAAAUGUGCAUUCGAAGGCACAGCGUGACUCGAUGGUUAGCAGAUACUUGGCCUGAGUGAGUGUGGUUUUUAUUUCUUCUUUGUGGUGUGCCCCGGUCAGGUUGAUGUUUUGCUGCAAGAGCCUGUCCUGAAUGUGUUCAACGGCCAACUAUGUUCUCCCACUGAGGAGAACCUGUGAGGCAUUAGGCACUCCGGGCAAGCUGUGUGGGGGAGUGUCCAUGUCAGCUAAUUUCUCUGGAGCCAGGUCUCAUGGAGCCCCUCAGGACACAGAGAUGGAUGUGGCUUGGCAGGAGCUGAUGGCCAUCACAGAGCUACAGUUUGAAGGCCCUGGUGAAGGCUCCUAUGAAACAACACAGUACCAAAGCAUGGAGCCCAUGGUCCCUAUGGGAGGAUAUGGAAUGGCUCAGUCCCAUCCUGAGCCUCCUGCUGCUGCGGCUUGUGAACUCAGUACUGCUGGGACUUAUGAUGGAUGUUACCCUCAAGAAGUUCCCGCCUGUCAUCGUCUAGGCAACGGCACAGAGGCAAUGUACGGACACUGCGAGUCUCAGCUCAAUCAAAGAAUGUUCCCAGCCUCCUCCCAUGUGCAGCCCUCCCUUAUGGCUCCAAGGGAACAGAUGAACAUGUCAGGCACCAUCCAAGGGCACAGGAGGGCCAACACUUGUCUCGCUCAGGGUCUGAAUCGGCACAUGCUGUGGACUACACAUGGACAAAGUUUGCACCCUCGCUCAGCUGACGACCUGGAGUCAGACUCUGGUCUGUCUCUGGGUUCUAGCCCGCCUCUGGCCUCCCCAGAUAAUCCUGGCAGCGGCGGUGGUGGUGCACCAGGGUACCAGAGUGCAGAAAUAGGUAUGACUUACAGUGAUGGUGAGCCUGACAGCAUGACUGAACACGCCAGAGCAGCACACAUCCAUUACUCGAUGGACUACCAGAAUCAAUCUCACUCAUAUUUACACUCAGGAGCACAUCCGUCUUACUUUUCAACCCAACCCACUUUGUCUACACAACCCGAUGGUCCUUGGUCUGUUAAACAGCAGGGUCAGCCCAGUGCACUGAGCAGUUUAUAUGUAGACUCAGGAGUGUCCAGCAGAGGGAGCUCACAGCCUAACAUGUAUACAAAACCACAAGGAAGCAUUUCCUCUCCUGCUCCUGUCAGCAGAGAUGAGCGGAGGGCCAUGGCUUUGAAGAUCCCCUUCCCCAUGGAUAAGAUAAUUAAUCUACCUGUGGAUGACUUCAAUGAGCUCCUGACACAAUACACUCUGACAGAUACUCAACUAGCACUGGUCAGGGACAUUCGACGGAGAGGGAAGAACAAGGUGGCAGCUCAGAACUGCAGGAAAAGGAAGCUUGAGAGCAUAAUUCACCUUGAAAGAGAACUGAGCCAGCUGCAGGCCCAAAGAGAGCAUCUGGCAAAGGAAAGGCUGGAGUUCAAGCACAGCUUAGCUUUCAUUAAAUGUCGUCUCACAGACCUCUAUUCAGAAGUAUUUUCUCACUUAAGAGAUGAAGAUGGACAACCAUACUCAAUAGAUGAAUACUCUCUACAGCAGACACCUGAUGGGAAAAUUUAUUUGGUACCUCACACAAAUAUGCAAAAAAGAGAGCAAUGCUGAAGGCUUGUGGACUGCCUGUUUUUUUUUUUAAAUAUAUAUAAAUACUCCAACAGAAGGUACACUGCCUGAUUCUGCCAUUUUACAGUAUAUCACCUUGCUCCAAUUACACAUUUCAUGUGGUGCAACCCCUUAUAAUUGACCAAAACCACACUGGAUUGUUUUAUAAAAAAAAACUUUAUUAAAAAAAAUACACUGCACAGCAGUCUUCGGUAAAAAAUAUAAAAGUCUUCAGCACCAGCCUCAUUGUUCUGCAUACCUGUGAAAACACAAUCAAGUUUAAUAAAGACAAAAUUGAGAAAA